UGCAAUUCAUUGUCCACCAAAGAUUUAAGCUUUCUACACAUCUCAUUAUCUCUCUAUAUUUUCUAAGUUAAUACCAUGAUCAGUUCCAAGAAGCUCAUCAAGCUUGUAAGAAGAUGGCAGAAAUUUGCCGCUAUCCAAAGAAAGAGGAUUUCAUUCCCGAGAGAAAAUGAUGACGCAGACAGCUGUAGUACUUCCUCUGCUGUUAACAAGGGUCAUUUUGCUAUCUACACAGCUGAUCAGAAGCGAUUUGUUGUCCCUCUAUCAUAUGUCGAGAAUGAGAUCAUUAGGCAACUAUUAAGUAUGUCUGAAGAAGAAUUUGGACUUCCAAGCAAUGGGCCUAUUACACUACCAUGUGAUGCAGUCUUCAUGGAAUACAUCAUUUCACUUCUUAGCCGAGGUUUAUCUAGAGAACUUGAGAAUGCAGUGCUCGUCUCUGUUGCAUCAUAUCAGUGUUCAUCCGCUUCACUGCACCAGGAAGGCUUGAGAACUCAGGAAUUGCUAGUUUGCUGAUAUUAAUCUCAAUAAAUUUUGUAGCUCAAUACAUGAUGUGAAAUGUACAUAAAUCCAAUACAGCAAUACUUGAUAUCCAUAUGUUCAGUAUUCUUCUUAGAAAAUUAAAAUAUACUCAUUGCUUUCAUUUUCUCC